GUUUGAGUGUAGCAGCAAGAGCUAGUGAGACUAAGGUUUCUUCUGUUGGACUAGAUUUGGCAUAGCAGCUAUUUUGGAAUCACAUCCUUAUACAGGCUUGUAGUGGGGCUGGAGGUGUAGCUCAGUGAUAAGAGCAUUUGCCUGACCCAGGGCUUGUAGUGACAAUUCACAAGCAGUGGCUGAAUUCCACACACAUUUGGAAAGAGAAGUGAUUUCAAGAUCUUCAAAUCUUUAAAAACUCAGAAAAAUGGCUUUCCUUUGUUUGGAUAUUAGCUGCCUAUAUAUUUUUCUUCUUUGCAAAGCAUUUGGCUGUACUUUGGCUUCAAACGUGGAAAUAAAAGUCAAUCCUCCUCAGAACUUUGAAAUAGUAGAUCCUGGGUAUUUAGGUUAUCUCUAUUUGCAAUGGCAACCUCCUCUGGCUGUGGAUAACUUUAAGGAAUGCACAAUAGAAUAUGAAUUGAAAUACCGAAAUGUUGAUAGUGCAAUAUGGAAGACCAUCAUUACUAAGAAUCUACAUUACAAAUAUGGGUUUGAUCUUAACAAGGGUGUUGAAGCAAAGAUACACACACUUUUAUCAGCACAUUGUGCAAAUGGAUCAGAAGUUCAGAGUUCCUGGUCAGAAGCUACUUAUUGGAAACCUGAACAAGGAAGUCUGGAAACUAAAAUUCGGGAUAUGGAUUGUAUAUAUUACAACUGGCAAUAUUUACUGUGUUCUUGGAAACCUGGCAUAGGUGUACACUUUGAUACCAACUACAGCUUGUUCUACUGGUAUGAGGGCUUGGACAAUGUAUUACAGUGUGCUGAGUACAUCAAGGAGAAUGGAAAAAAUAUUGGAUGUAGAUUCCCGAAGUUGGAGUCACCAGAGUAUAAAGAUUUUUUUAUCUGUGUCAAUGGAUCAUCAGAAUCCAGUCCUAUCAGAUCCAGCUAUUUCAUUUUUGAGCUUCAAAAUAUAGUUAAACCUCUGCCUCCAGACUAUCUUAGUCUUACUGUGAAGAAUUCAUUUGACAUUAACCUGACAUGGAGCAUACCUGAAGGGCCCAUUCCAGCAAGGUGUUUUAUUUAUGAAAUUUUGUUCACAGAAGCUGGUCGUUCCUGGAUGACUAAUACGAUUGAAAAUGAAAUGCACAUCACAAGAGCAUUAAAUGAAAGUCAAGAACUAUGCUUUUUAGUAAGAAGCAAAGUGAACAUUUAUUGCUCAGAUGAUGGAAUUUGGAGUGAGUGGAGUGAUGAGCAUUGCUGGGAAGGUAAUGGACGGAAGGAGACUUUGGUAUUUUUCAUCAUACCAUUUGGUCUGAUCUCAUCAUUUGUUUUGUUACUAACUUUGCUUUUGUAUAAGCAAAAAGCUUUAAUGAAAUCAAUUUUCCAUAUUAAGAAAGAAGUUUUUUCUCAUCAGGAGACACUCUGUUGACUUACCAAUUUCCAUUUACAUGACCAAAUGUUCAACAUCAGUCUUAUGAAACUGAACUUCUUCAAAUGUUGACUACAAGUCAUUGUAAAAUGUAGUUGUAUUUAAAUAGUCUUUUAAGUACUCAAAUCCUGAGAUCGCAAUAAAUUUGCCAGAUUCAGUUAAUA